AGGCUGAGAGAGCCCCGCCGCGUGAGCCCAGGGGGCGGGGCCGGCCCCGGGCAGCCUCCCCUCUGGGACUGAAAAGCACAGACCCGCCCGCUGCCGCUGGGAGGGAGGCGAAGUGCCUGUGAGUGCUGCGUUUUGUCUACUAAGGUUUCGCGGGUUAAUAAUUCAGGUCGUCCUUUGCAAUAGGAAACCCGCAGUCGGCCGUCCAAGCCGGCUUGCAGGGCUGCGGUGCGGCCACCGGGCCGCUGCUGUGCGGAGCCGAACGCCAGAGAGGACGGCCGCCCGCCUGCGCCCAUGCCUGUGCCCAGCAGGCACGCUGGCGUUGGUCGCUCUCAGAGCUGGGACGCCGCCGGCUGGUAUGACGGCCCCUGGGCGGGGGCCGAGUCGCCUGGCCAGAGCGGCUCCCUGACAGAUGGGGGUGGAGAGGGGCCCUGGCGUGAGCCCGCGCCUGACCUGUGCCGGGAGGUCUUCUACGGUUCAGUGGCCAGCAGGAAGAGCUCCGUCCCCGACUUCACCUUUUUCGACAGCAGACAGGCAGUGAUGUCUGCGCACACUGCCCUGCUGCCGCGGGAUUGCUACGGUGACCUAACUGGAGCUGCUCAGGCGCCCCGAGAGCUGCGCCCGCACCGGGACCCCGGAGCUGGCCGCUCGCUGGCCGGCUAUGGAGCGCCUGGCAGCAGGGUGGCGUGGGAGCAAGUGCAAGGCCGGGCCCCUGCGCUGCAGGACGUGGCUCACCUGUACCGGGACCCUGCAGGUAAAACGGUGGCCCCAGGACUGCGGGCACAGAGUGGGGCCUCGUCGCCCCUGCGGCACGCCGGGGAGAUGGCCCACAGCAGGUACCAGGCGGAGGCGACCACUUACCCCGCUGGCCAGGCCUACAACGAUGUUGGUGUCAGCGAGAGGCCUGUGGAUCCCGCCACCGCCAGGCAGGUGGCCCCCACGUGCCUGGUCAUGGACCCCACUGGCGCUGCUGCCUCUGAAGGUGGCCCGGGGAUGGCGCCAGGCACCCUGGGUCGAGGCUACGGGCAGGGGAGUGCUCCCUCCAGGAUGUCUCCCGGGAACGGCGAGGCUGGCCUGUCCUGCUUCCAGGGGCCCAGCGAUGCGAGGAGCAUGCUGCCCGCGUUCCUGGCCCUGCUGCGGGCGGAGGGCGUGGCAGAGGCCACGCUGGACGCCCUCCUGCAGCAGGGCUUUGACUCCCCAGCCGUCCUGGCCACAAUGGAGGACUCGGACAUCAAGUGUGUCGCGCCCAACCUGGGCCAGGCCCGUGUCCUGAGCCGCCUGGCUGGCAGCUGCAGGACCGAGAUGCAGCUGCGCAGGCAGGGCCAGGCGGCCCCCCCGCCCCGGGCGCGCUCCGGCAGCUUCGGCCACCGCAGCGAGCUCCUUGGCAACUUGUCCUCUCUGGGCGCCACGGGUCCCCUGCAGGCAGCACCCCCCCGGGUCGGGGACCUGGCUCGACGCCCCUCCAGUGCUCCCUCCCAGCAUCUGCUGGAGCCGGCGGCCACCUACGCUGCCCCUGGGCUGGGAGCCCAGGUCCCCCACUUCCCCUCCAACUCCGGGUACAGCUCUCCUGCUCCUUGUGCCCUGACCGUGAGGCUGGGCCCCGCAUAUUCCCCGCAGGCGGGCGUGGCCUUGACGAGCCCGGGCCCCGCCGCCCCCCUCCAUCCGAGGACAGCCUACUCCACGGCCUACACGGUACCCAUGGAGCUGCUGAAGCGGGAGCGGAGCGUGGCCACUGCGCCUUUGUCUGGCCCCCACGGCGGCGCCCAGCUCCUGCGGAAGCCCGGCCUCCCUGCGGACCGGUCCACCCUGCCGCCGGCCGGCCAGAGCCUCCACAUGCCGCACGCGCCCUACCAGAAGGUGGCCCGGCGGACGGGGGCCCCCAUCAUCGUGUCCACCAUGUUCGCUCCAGAACCAAGUAUCCGCCCCCAGAUCAUGAACGGCCCCCUGCACCCCCGGCCCCUAGUGGCGCUAUUGGACGGCCGGGACUGCACCGUGGAGAUGCCCAUCCUGAAGGACCUGGCCACUGUGGCCUUCUGUGACGCACAGUCCACACAGGAGAUCCACGAGAAGGUGCUGAAUGAAGCUGUGGGCGCCAUGAUGUACCACACCAUCACCCUCACCAGGGAGGACCUGGAGAAGUUCAAGGCCCUGAGAGUGAUCGUGCGGAUAGGCAGCGGCUACGACAACGUGGACAUAAAGGCUGCUGGCGAGCUGGGGAUCGCCGUGUGCAACAUCCCGUCGGCAGCAGUGGAGGAGACAGCCGACUCCACCGUCUGCCACGUCCUCAACCUGUACCGCAGGAACACGUGGCUGUACCAGGCGCUGCGGGAGGGCACGCGGGUGCAGAGUGUGGAGCAAAUCCGGGAGGUUGCCUCGGGAGCAGCUCGGAUUCGUGGGGAGACGCUGGGCCUCAUCGGCUUUGGUCGCACAGGGCAGGCGGUCGCUGUUCGAGCCAAGGCCUUUGGAUUCAGCGUCAUCUUUUAUGACCCCUACUUACAGGACGGGAUAGAGCGGUCCCUGGGUGUGCAGAGAGUCUACACCCUGCAGGACUUACUCUAUCAGAGCGACUGCGUCUCCUUGCACUGUAAUCUCAACGAACAUAAUCACCACCUCAUCAAUGACUUUACUAUAAAGCAGAUGAGGCAAGGCGCGUUCCUGGUGAACGCAGCCCGCGGCGGCCUGGUGGAUGAGAAAGCCUUGGCCCAAGCCCUCAAGGAGGGCAGGAUACGAGGGGCAGCCCUCGACGUGCACGAAUCGGAGCCUUUCAGCUUUGCUCAGGGUCCCUUGAAGGAUGCACCGAACCUCAUUUGUACGCCCCACACAGCCUGGUACAGCGAGCAAGCAUCGCUGGAGAUGAGGGAGGCUGCAGCCACAGAGAUCCGCCGGGCAAUCACAGGUCGCAUCCCAGAAAGCUUAAGAAACUGUGUGAACAAGGAAUUUUUUGUUACAACCGCGCCCUGGUCAGUAAUAGAUCAGCAAGCGAUUCACCCAGAGCUCAACGGUGCCACCUACAGAUACCCGCCAGGCAUCGUGGGCGUGGCCCCGGGUGGACUUCCUGCCGCCAUGGAAGGGAUCAUGCCCGGAGGCAUCCCGGUGACUCACAGCCUCCCCACGGUGGCACACCCUUCCCAAGCACCCUCUCCCAACCAGCCCACAAAACACGGGGACAAUCGAGAGCACCCCAACGAGCAAUAGCAGAGGAUGACAAAAGGUCAGACAAACCUGGGACCAAGAGACAGUGAAAAAUAGACGAACUGAGGAAAGGAGUGUGCGGUCUUUCAGCGGACUCGGGACGAGCGCGCCACAGACACCGAACCGACACUGCGCGCUAACCACAGGAGAGCUGCCCUGUAGCAAAGCGGAAGACGCCUUCUACUGACGGAGGCCGCGGAAGACUAGGACGUGAUUUAUUAAUGACCAACUUCUGUUGUUGUGUGUUAAGUUUCUCAUCUGUGCAUCAAAUCACAAAGAAUAAACAGAUCUUUUUCCUUUAUCAGUCCCUCGGGCACAGCAGGCCCUGAACACCUUGCUAUAAAGAGAAUGUUGCGUCGAGAGUUCCAAACAUCCAAACAAACAUUGAGAGGCGAGGCGGUCCCAACCCUGUGACCCCAGCCCCUCUGGUCCCCAGGGUGGCACCCGGCUCCUGCACAGGAGCGUCCCGUGGGAACUGCACUGCGCGGGCGAGUGGCCCUGAUUCAGUGACACCCUCUGAUGAUGCAAAAAAGAAAAAGUAUUAAGUUUCACAAGCUGUUUGUACUCAAAUAUAUUUUCUCAGUUCAGAUCCUCAGCUAUUUUAUUGAGUGGAAAGUCUUGAACUGAAAGUUCAAGAAGAAUAAUGUUGCAUUUCCUUAUGUCUCAGGAAACACUUUUUAUGGUAACUUGUCAGAUUGUCUAUGAACAAACCCACUUUUUUAGACAUUGAUAAAGUCUUCUUUUCUUCACGUGAUAUUUUAUACGAGAACACAUCAGGUGUGUUAUUAGAUGUGACUGAUUUUAACAAAUCCUAUUAGAUUUGUAUCAACUAGUUACAUGUUAUAUUCAUAGUCUUUUGUGAAGCAUCGCCUUUUUGUUUCAAAGAUGGCCUAUUUUGAGCCUUUGUAUAGGUACAUUCCUGUUUUUUGUGACAAAAACCUUUAAAACUGUCCCAACAGAAAAAUAAUGGCUAUCAGAAAUGUUUUGUUUUAGUGUGAGUUACCGUUACUGUUAUCUGUUUAUUGUAAAGGUGGACAUUUAGCGUUCAGUGCAGUUUUCAAUAAAAGGUAAUAAAAAUGUCUGUUCUGAAGCUCCAGUACAUCUCACCACGUGCAGGUCCUCUACCUGAGAUGUUGACAGGCACCAACACGCACCAGUGCGUGUCCGCCCGUCCCGUGACCAGACUCGAGACCCAGGCUGGUGAUCAUCUCACGUCUCAUGUAGCCCAUCACUGGCAAAUUGUGCCGUUCUUAAGAUGAAGCAGGUUAGAAUUCAAGAAACAAUUGCUUGUGUUUUAGAGUUCUGCUUUUAAUUUACCCAAAGGCAAAAUCACCUGGCUCAAGCAUUAAUGCAGGAAAGUGAAUGUGAAUCUCAAAAGUUUUUUAAAACAGUAUUUACAAAGAAAUGUUGCAAAAUGAUUAACAUCAGCCACUUCCAUCUGCUGGUAACUUUCGAACUGACACAAUGACCACCCUCAUGAAAUGGCACCAAGCGCCAUUGUCCCAGCGGAGUCCACAGUGUCCAGUAAGUCCGACGGUCCCCGAACUACCCUCCCCCACACACACACACACCCUUCCUCACCCUCCUCGUGCCACCAGACUGGAAGUUGUGGCAUCUGAGAGCAUCUGAUCACCCGCUUGGCUCGUUUUCAGGUUGUGGUCCCACCCAUCACGAUUCCGAAGUGACGACGUGGCACUGGAUCAACCUCCCCAGGCUAGAAGCGGGGCACACAGUCACUGACCUACCCCUCUGGGAGCAGAAGGGCAAGCUCACCAUUGUCUUGGCAACUGCUGUCCAACAGGCAACCCACAAGGGGUGACAGGUGCGUGGAAGGAGACCCCCACGGCCUGUAAACAGCAGUCCUCCCUAACAGGAAGUCUGCGACACAGUGAGCUUAACAGCUGACAAAGAGGCGGGUCCCAACCCAAGGUGCACCAGCACUUGACUUAGGACAGAAAACACCACACAAGUCUCCCCAUGCAGAGCGAGCAGCCAGCACAGUAGGUCCAUACAGUUACUGCUGUCCAGUCAACCCAAAGACACACGUCUGUCACCUGGUCACACUGAGACCUUUAGGGAAGGACUACAUACAUACUCUGUCUCGGGACAACAAAUAUGGCUGUUUAAUAGUUCAAGAGCUUAACACAGCAUCGAUUCAUCCAAAAUGCUGGCCUGCACCAGCCAACCUGCCGUGAAAACCACUCAACGCCCGCCUGUGUCUGGAGCCUAGGAUAUGUGAACCAGAGUCUUCCCCACAGGGAAGAAGCUGUACCUAUUAACCUGCACAUGGUCGGGGUCCCUAGUCAUGAAUAAAUAAGUAGAGGCACGUCAGGGAGAACACCGCUCGGCAGGCCAGGCGUGGGGCCCUCUGGCAGCGCUGGCUCUCUGAGCCCCGGCGACUGGCUGACCAGAGUUGCCCCCAGACAUCACGGCUUCUGCAACUGGGAAGGCCAAUCCUGCGGACGCAGCACCAGCAACGGGCGCUCUGCCCGCUGGAGAACCGCGCCUGCACGAGGAGGGAAGCUUACAGACAUGCUACACCGUAAGCAGUCAGAAAGGCAGCCUGCUCAAAAAACAAAAAACCUUAAUUACGGGACAAAACAAGGAAACCACAGAAAGUCAAUUUGUAAGGAAAUACCAACCACUCAGAACAGGGACGUUUACAUCACAUCAGAAAACGCGUUCGCAUGGACUCGGAUCCCAGACUUCCUUCCCGCAGGCUUCCGUGCAACGAGAGGGAGGGAGGGCCCUUCGCCUGCGCACACGGCGCGGUGUGGGGGAGGGGAGGGCUGAGGACAGCACACCUCCCCGCCGUCUUCCAGUUUCAGUAUCGCAAUCAAACUCAGGUGGUGCACAUUCCAGUUUCAUCUAACAGAACUCGGAAGAAAACGAGAAGCAAAGAAUUUAGUUUUCACAGCCUUUUCAUCCAAGGGAAGAAGUGUGCACGCGUGUGCGGGGCUUCUUCUCCAAACUCUGCGUGUCAGCAGUCUCGUACACGGUGCUGGUCAGGACACCGGGUCUGCGUGCUCCCGAGACAGGUCUGAACGCUGUGCCCAUGCGGAACGCAUGCCUGAAGUGGUCAAAUGAUACUUCUCAUAAAAAGUCUUUCUACCUAAGAUUAUAGUUUUUAAACUUUAAAUAAGAAUGGCCACAAUUAACCAACAUGCAAAAAUUCUCAUAAUACUCAACCGAGAAAUUCAUUAAUACAAUGCAUUUACCACCUUACUGCAUUUUUAAAUCUUUACUGAACUGAUACCCCCAAUUAGCCCAAGCAGAGACAUGCCACUCCAACACAGUUUGCUUAAAGCAGAGUUGGUGACACCACGGGGAGACCCCCAGGAGCCUCUGCACAGCAGUGUGGGGGUCCGGCGCUGCCGCCACGCCGCCCACGUGGCACGAGCACCUCCCCGCCGUGCGCCCAGGGAGGGCCUGCUCACGCGGAGGCCACUGCCCAGGGCGGAGAGCCUCGGCGUCAGGGCGUUCUCCCACACGGCUGAGGACCCACGUCCUGAAAAAGGCACCCUUGAAACUCUUUAAAAAAAGAAACCAAAACAAGGGAACAAUAUGUCAUGGUCACUCAAUAAAAAAAUUCUUACUUUCCUUGUACUUUGUUCCUUAAAGAUUUGAUUUUAUUGGGCACAACAGGAACUAAAUUAUUACUAAAAUAAGCUUGUUUUUAUUUUCACGUUUUCCUGUGGAGAAUUUGUACAAAAAGUUUCCAGAUCUCUACGGAGCUCUCAUGGGACUUAGUGUAAAGUGGAUCUUUUAAGAUGCGAGUAGAAUGCCAGGUUCUACUUAAAAAAAAAACAAACAAAAA